AUAACAAUAAUACAGUACACAAAUUGUGAAAAUUAAUAUUACAAGUUUUUUAAUAACAUUGAUACAUGCAUAUAUUUUAUAUUUUAAGAAGGAAGUCGACUCGACGUAAAAAAAAAUAUUUUACUUCAUAAUUAUAUUCGCUUUAAUAGAACUAUUACGAUUACCAAUUAAAUUAAUACUAUUGAUCAUACCUUAUUGUAAUAUUAGAGCAAUGUUGACGGCAAAGCUAAUAGCUCUUGAUUAUCCACAGGUUGACACAAUUGACAUAAAUGAUGAAAAAUGCUUGCGUGAAAUUGUAGUUUGGUUAGAGAUUAAUAAACUAAGUCUAUUUAAACCUAAAGACUGUGCAGAGUUAAAAAAAAUUAAUUCUACUACUUGGGAAUCAACAUUUAAAAAGUACUGUACUUUGUGUUCAAGUCCUAUAAAAAGUACUCAACUUCAAGAACAUUUAGAAUGGCUAUUGGGUUUUGCAAUAAGAAAAGAAUAUACCAAAAAUAAACAAGAUUAUGAAUCAAAAACUAAAGAAGUUCUUAAUAGUGUUACUGAUGUACCAAUGGUUGUACCAUCUAACAACCCAAUUGAUAAUUUGGAUUGUAAUAGCCAAGAAUUUAAAGAAGGUGUUGAAAAACUAGCUGACUUAUUAAAUAUUUCCAAACAUCCAAAUCAUCUUGUUACAUUAGAAGCUAUUCGUAAUUUAGUCUGCAAAAGACUUAGUGAUGAUUGUAUAAAAAAUCCAUCAUCUGUUCUCCCUAAGGGAGAACCAUUUCCACUAGACCUUGUAAAAAGUUUUAAAAAUAAGUCCAGUAAUCCAGCUGUUGAACAGGCUUUGAAGGUUUUAAGACUUGUUCAAGUUCACAAGCUACGGGAUUUACAAACCUGUAUAAAUGAAUGUAUAGUUUCUAUGCAGCAAAUUACAUCUAACCCAAAAACUGAUACUAAACUUGGAAAAGUUGGUUAUUAAUAAACUUAAGAAUAAUUAAGUAGUGAAUUCUUAAUGUUUUUAUUUAAAUAUUACUUUAUUUAAUCAUAAAAUAUUUUAAUCUCUCAAUUUUUACAAUAUAAAGUAUAUAAUAUUAUUUAAAUACUUUACUGUUCAACAAAAUGCUAGUUUUAAAAAAUAUUGAUAAUAUAUUCUCCUAAUAAAUGCUUAUAACUCAU